UCGCAUACGACGUUCGUCUAGUGUUAUCUUGAUUAGCCGCUAUUAACCUCUGCUAUCUCAAUAAGACCGUUGUCCUGGUCCGCAUAUGUUAUUAUUAUUAUACGGUCUCGGAAAUUAAUAUUGUCGUUAAAACACUUCUUGAACAAACUUUGGAGUUUGGACGUCGUGGUCGACUGUGCCGGUGUCGAUAAUGUUAUGAGAGAGCGAUUAAUCUAAUAAUACCUUUUUUAUCAAAAGUUAUCGUGGUAUUUCACAAUGUUACUCCGGUUUCACAUUUUUGUGGUUUUAUUGUAUUUAUAGACUAUUCGAUGGGUGUUUUGUGUGGGGAAUGGUGGAUAGCUUUUAAAUUUAAUAUAUUAUUUUAGUUGCCUGUUGAAGUUCCGAAUUUCUACUUGAAUGUUAUAAACAACAUUUCUACUAAAUUUGUUAGAAGUUAUAAUAUUUAUACAGUUAAUGACAACAUAUUGCACUAAAAAAAUACUAUAUAUAUAUAUAUAAAGAAGUUUAAUUAAUUUAAUAGGUUUAUAACAUAAUAUACAUCAAAACUAUUUAACAUUGUAUUAGCAAAAUGGUUCAAAAUACUGAAAUUGUAGAUGUCAGCAAUAACAGUGUUUCGUUGGACAAUUUGUCCGAUUACAUGGUUAUUGGCUGGGAUAUAGACACAACUGGACGCCGUUUACUGGACGAAAUAUGCCACAUUGCUGGUCACACUCCAAACUCGCAGUUUAAUCAAUAUAUAAUGCCACAUAAUGACAUUGAUCAAGUAGCCAGAAGACGUCAUCUUUUGUGUACUAUAACAAUGGGGCGUUUUCGUGCAUUAAAAGAUAUCAAAAAUAAUAAAACAUUAAAAUCAAAAAGUGAAAUAUCUGCUUUAGCUGAAUUUAUAGAAUGGUUAGAACAAAUGUUGAAAGAAAAUGGUAAAAAAAUGGCCAUUUUAGUGUGUCAUGAAGUUAGCAAAUUCAACACUUGUCUUUUAAUUAAGUCUCUUCUUGCCUAUAAUUUAUUAGAUAAAUUCUCUGACGUAGUCAAAGGAUUUGCUAACUGCCAUUCAUUUGCUCAAACCCACUGUCAAGAUACUAUGGUUAUGUUUUCACUUAGAGUUCUGUCAAAGGUUCUCUUAGAUAAGGAUCACAUUGAUACUUCCAAGGCAACUGAUCGUGCUAAAUUAGCUUAUGAUAUUGUUCAACAUUUAUGUGUAACAUUGGAAAGUGGUAAUGAUGAUUCAAAAGAAGUUGUAACUGGAAGUGAAGUUUCUGAAGAAACCAAGGUCAAGGCAUUAUCUACAUUCCUUACAAGUAUAGAUAACGAAGUACAGACAUUGCAUAGCACUCAAGAACUAUUGGCAAGACAAAAAUCACUAAAUACAGUUUACCAUAAGUCUUUGUCAUACCAAACAUCAACAUUAGAUCGCAAGAAAGCUAUUAGUUAUCGUAAUUCAAUCGCUAAAGCUAACAUUGAUUAUAUGACUCUGCAAUCUUUAUGGACUGAAAAUAAAGACGGUUUCAAAGACGCUGUUAAAGACAAAUUGCCAGAACUGUCUGAUGAGGAUAAAGAAAAUAUUGUUAGUACCAUAAUUAUGCAUUUUGAAAAUCCUGAACCUGUUUCUCCACCACCUAAAGGAGGCCGAAAGUAUGGYGGUAGAUUCAGGAGACGUAGCAGCAGUAACAAGGACAACAGAAAGGGUUUAUCUGAAAAUGAUGCUGGCUUUCUUUCGCCAAAUUCAACUGACAACGCUAAUGGUCACAACCUAGAUGCAGAAAAGCCUCAGAACGAAAUUAUCAAAAGUGAAAAUGGUGAAAACAACUGAUUAAAAACCAAAGUUUGAUUACCAUUUUAAGUAUUAAGUAUUAAGUAUUAUUUAAAAAAAAAAAUUUAAAAAAAAACGUUAAGUUUUUUUGUUGUUUUUCAUAGACUACUUAUAAGUUUUAUAAUAAUAAUUUUUAAAUCUCUAAAAAACAAUUGACUGUAUGAAACAAAAACAAAGUGUCUAAAACUUUUCGCGUUCAGUUAACUAUUAUCUUUAUGGAUAAUAUAUUAUUAUUUUAUUUUAAAAAAAUCAAGUCGAUUUUAAUAUUUAUUUUUCUUCAACUUCUAUUUCUAUUUUAAUUUGUAAGAACGCGAAUAAGUUGAGGUCUUUAUAACAUAGCACAUGUAAUAACGUUUACUAGAUAAAACAAUAAACAAAAAAUAUAACAACAAAAGUUAUUUAAUUUAAUUUAUCGCUGUUAUUAUUUAUUAUAAUAUUAUCUUCAUUUUAUGUGUAACAAAACGAUAAUCAAGUUUGUCUGAUAUUAAUUUUUUUAUUCUUUUCAAAAUGUGUAAAUAUUUAUUGAUAAAAUGUUCAUUAUCUACUUUAUAGACUUAUGCUUGCUCAAAUAAUAAUAAGGCUAUCUUACAAUAAGCAUACCUACAUCCAUGUUUGUUGUGUUUAACACAAAAGUAAUAGCAAAUUUACAUUAAGCAGAUCA